CGCUGUACCCCGGAAGCGGAAGUGUGACUCUAGUCUGUCAGAGAGUGUUGCUCGGUGGCCCAGAAAUCCAGGGAAAGUCGUUGUCGUUUAAUUUUUGCAGGCUCUCGAGCGCUUCCCCCCUGGCGGGUGGGAGUGCAGAGAGUUGAAAGUGCGAGAUGAGCACCAUGUUCGCGGACACACUGCUCAUCGUUUUCAUUUCCGUGUGCACGGCUCUCCUCGCCGAGGGUAUAACCUGGGUCCUGGUUUACAGGACGGACAAGUACAAGAGACUGAAAGCGGAGGUGGAAAAACAGAGUAAAAAACUGGAAAAGAAGAAGGAAACAAUAACAGAGUCAGCUGGUCGACAACAAAAAAAGAAAAUAGAGAGGCAGGAAGAGAAACUGAAAAAUAACAACAGAGACCUGUCCAUGGUCCGAAUGAAAUCCAUGUUUGCAAUUGGCUUUUGUUUUACUGCCCUAAUGGGAAUGUUCAAUUCCAUAUUUGAUGGUAGGGUGGUGGCAAAGCUCCCUUUCACCCCCCUUUCCUAUAUCCAAGGACUGUCUCAUCGAAACCUCCUGGGGGAUGACACCACAGACUGUUCCUUCAUCUUUCUGUAUAUUCUCUGUACCAUGUCAAUUCGACAGAACAUCCAGAAGAUUCUUGGCCUUGCCCCUUCACGAGCUGCCACCAAGCAGGCAGGUGGAUUUCUUGGUCCACCCCCUCCUUCUGGGAAGUUCUCUUGAAAUCAAGAACCCUGUAAUUCCUGUCAUUCUUUUUAAACAUUCAGAUUAGACUGGCAACUAUUUUGUAGCAAGAACCAUAGACAGCCUUAGCACUUGGGCCACUUUCUAGUUCUGAGUUAUUUCUAGACUUUUUGGAUAUGAUUCAAAUGAGAAUGGCACCCAGCAAGCACGAUAGUACUUUCUGUCACAGAUUAACUUUUAGAAAAAUAAGUUUGUUGGUUAGAUAAGUUCAGGCAAUAUUUAUGUAAUGAGAAACAAAUAGCAUCUUUCUCUGUUUGGCUUACAUGAAUAUUUUCUGUGGAACCUACUCUCAAGUCUGUGCUGUGUGCUAUGUACCAUGGAAGUUGGCCCUCCAUGAGCAUUUAGAGAUCUGGAAGAAAAACUUAGUUUGUGGUAUCUUAAUUGGAACUAUUUGUUGUACAUCGUUUCCAAGCCAAAUAUAGUACUCAAGAUCAAUAAAGAGGCCAAAAUUUUAGCUAUUUCA